AUGGAACAGUCUCGUCCAUUGGGGUCUUAUGGACAAAAUCCUCCUCCGCAAGGCCCCUCCUCACAACCAGCCGGACCGGUGCUUCCACCCCCAGCGGGCCCGUUUCAUUCCGUAACCCAGUCCUCAGGCCACUCUCUCCCAGGCCUGGCAGACUUGGCGCAGGGCCCUGGUGCACCACACCAACCACCUCCCUUUGGACAACACCCACAGCCUUCCCAUGGCGGAACGCAUUCACUGCCAGGUAUCGGGCAGGCGAUGCAGCACCCCUCUCCCCAAUUGAAUCGCGACCGGGAGCGCGACUCCAGGGAGCGAGAGAUGUUGGAGAGACAACGGCACGAGGAUAUGGUACAGAGAGAGCGAGAGCAGCGUGAACGCGAGAGAGAACAUCUUGAGCGUCAACAGCGCGAACAGCAGCAGCACCCUGUUCAGAGUCAUACUGGCUCGAUCCCUAUCCACCAGCCUGUCGCGUCAAAAGUGCCCAACUCCAUUCAUGGGCCAAAUGGUUUGCUCUCAAACAUCGGCGGAGGUGCUCCGUCAAACCCUUCGCAGAGCUCAGUCCAAUCGAAUACUGUCAGUAGCUUAUUUGGAACCCAGAUGCCGCCUCACCAAGAUGGCGCCCCUCGACCGUACAUGCCGCAUACACAACCGCCACCUUCGCAGCCGAUGAUGGGUUAUAAUGGAUCUACUGCUCCGGCGGCCGCCCAAAUACCGGGGAAUGUUGCGGCUAUGGCACAAGGCCAACAGCCUAUUCUGAAUGACGCGCUCAGUUACCUUGAUCAGGUCAAGGUGCGGUUUGUUGAUCAACCGGAUGUCUACAAUCGCUUUUUAGACAUUAUGAAGGACUUCAAAAGCCAAGCGAUUGACACACCUGGCGUUAUCCAGCGAGUUUCGAACCUUUUCACCGGACACCCCGCUCUAAUUCAAGGGUUCAACACAUUCUUGCCCCCUGGUUAUCGCAUCGAGUGCGGAACAGACGACAAUCCCAAUGCCAUUCGCGUGACCACACCAUCUGGUACUAACACUUUAUCGAUGGCUACUCGCCCCCCUCGCUCAUCUCUCGACUCCACUGACGAUAUGGGAGCGUCGGGAGGACUUGUACCGCCAUCGCGGCCAGAUUACUAUGACCAACCACGGAACAGCUGGCAGCAACCACAACAUCAGACGCAACCCGGGAUUGCAGGAUCGUACUCACCAAAUAAUCGUCCUUUGGGAGGUCUUUACGGACAGCAGGGAAGUCAAAACCAGACUCAAGAUCACCAUUACGAGUAUCAGAGCCAGCAAGAACAGCAGGCUGCCUUGAAUGCUGUCGCUCUCCAUCAACAAGAUCAAAGAGGAGUCUCAACGCUUCAGAGUGCUGCUGCUGCAACGUCUGGUGCAGGCAGACCCUCUCUGUUACAGGUGUCCCCCGGGACAGCAUCUAGUAAUGGACCUAUGAGCAAUUUGGUUGGUGUUGGUGCCGGUGUUCUGCAAGGACCUCAAGGAGAUCUCAAUAAGCGGGGACCCGUUGAGUUUAACCAUGCAAUCAGCUAUGUGAACAAAAUAAAGAAUCGUUUCGCAGGUGCCCCAGAAAUUUAUAAACAAUUUCUGGAGAUAUUGCAGACGUAUCAACGUGAAUCGAAACCUAUUCAAGAUGUUUACGCUCAAGUGACUCAACUGUUCCAUUCUGCACCAGAUCUGUUAGAAGACUUUAAACAAUUUCUUCCCGAUUCUGCGGCGCAGGCCAAACAGCAAGCUCAAGCUGCUCGACAAGCUCUUGAUGACCCUGCGCCCACUAGCAGUAUGCGUGGAGAAAUGCCAUAUCCACCUUCUGUCGCCGUGGCUCAAUCUCAGACACCUGGACGGGAUGUCAAAAUGCCCCCUCUGGGACAAUUCAACGUUAAAGAUUCAAGUAAAGAUGGCAAAAAACGCCGAGGUGGACCGGGCAUUGGCAGCAGCCUUGGUGCCCCAGCUCCUGGGCCAUCUCUUGACGCCUCGAGAAUGGGUGAUGCACAGUCCACCCGUGCUGGCAGCGUCCAGGCCAGUGGGAUAAAUAAAAGAGCCAAAGUUCAUCAUACUAAACCAAUGCAGGCAGAUGGACCGAUGGUUUCCCCAACGCUGGUGCCCGCACUUCCUGAACCCAUACCGCCAGUUCACUCGAUUGCGCCGAACAAUGAUGAGUUCGCCUUCUUUGACCGGGUUAAGAAGUUCAUCGGCAACAAACAGACCUUUUUGGAGUUUUUGAAACUGUGUAAUCUGUAUUCGACCGAUCUGAUCGACCGUCACAUACUGGUUAAGAGAGCUGCCGGGUUUAUUGGAUCUAACCCAGAGCUGAUGUCCUGGUUUAAACGCUUCAUGCACAUUGAAGAUCCAGAAGACCGAAUUAUUGAUUUGAAACCCAAACAGGAGCCUGGGUCAGUCAACCUUGCUCACUGUCGCUCGCUUGGGCCUAGCUACCGUCUUCUGCCGAAAAGAGAGCGGCAGAAGCCAUGCAGUGGCCGAGAUGAGCUUUGUCGCAGUGUACUGAACGAUGAAUGGGCAUCACAUCCUACGUGGGAGUCCGAAGAUUCUGGUUUCGUCGCGCACCGAAAGAACCAAUACGAAGAUGCCCUUCAUCGUAUUGAAGAAGACCGCCAUGAUUAUGAUCACCACAUUGAGGCGUGUGUUCGUACAAUCCAACUCAUCGAGCCUAUCGUACAGCAAUUCUUGGUUAUGUCAGAGGCAGAACGGGCUGCGUUCGUAUUACCGCCUGGUUUAGGGGGACAGAGCGAGUCUAUCUACAAGCGGGUAAUUAAGAAAGUUUAUGAUCGUCAACGUGGAGAACUCAUCAUUCAGCAAAUGUUUGAACGGCCUUGCCACGUCCUUCCUGUUCUCUUGUAUCGCCUUAAACAGAAAUGCGAGGAGUGGAAAGCUAGCCAGCGCGAGUGGGACAAAGUAUGGCGUGAACAGAUGCAGCGAUGCUUCUGGCGUAGCCUCGACCACCAGGCAAUUACGAACAAGGGGGUGGACAAGAAACUAUUCUCGUCAAAGAACAUCCAAAACGAGAUCCAAGCCAAAUACGAAGAGGGACGUAACGUGCGCAAGAGUGGCUUUCACAUCCCUAGCCAUCAAUUCGAAUUCGAAUUUUCCGAUCCUGCUGUCAUUAUUGAUGCGGCUCAGCUUUUGCUCACUUAUAUUGACCGCAAUUCUGGAAACUAUGGCCAGGAACCUCAGCGGGUGAUUGCUUUCAUCAAAGACUUCAUCCCUAUUUUCUUCGGGAUGGAUCGUGAUACAUUCCAUAUAUACAUGAACGAGUUGUCUAAUGGAACGUCACCUGAGGAGACGGAUGAAGAUGCUAUGGCGGUCGACGAGUCCUCGAACCGCAGCCGUCGUGGUGCCACCGCUAAAAGGCUGGAUCUUCUCCGCGACGUUCUUGAACGUCGCGGCGAAAAGGGAACCAUCAGCACUGGCCCUAGUCGUGAUGCGACUCCCGAUGCGGUGCUUGUCCCGUCGACUCCAAUUCCAGAUCCGACGGAACCUUUUGAUGUCGCCGAGUUGAAAUGGAUGGAGCACCCUGGCCAAGGUAAUUUUAACCUUCAUCGUGAAUAUACACUCAACCAGGCAUACGACAAGAAGGUGCAUCACCUGUACAGCAAUUUGAAUGUCUACUGCUUUUUCCGUACUUUUGAGCUUUUGUACAGCCGCCUAUUGAAGGUUAAACUGCAUGAAAAGGAAGCACACGAGGAUGUUCGUCGCCAGCUUCUACCAAAGGCUGCCCGGGAAUUAGGACUCCUGGACAAGCUGCCUAAUGAUUUCCUCUUCGACACCAGUCCUACUGCCAAUUUUUACCAGCAAAUUGUUCGUAUGUGUGAUGAAGUCAUCAAGGGUGAUCUAGAGCCUACGCACUUGGAAGAGACACUACGUCGGUAUUAUCUGAAGAGUGGAUACCAACUGUAUAACCUGGACAAGAUCUUUGCUGGCAUCGCCCGCUUCGCUAGCAAUAUCUUCAUGGGAGAUCAAAGGGACCGCAGCGACAACAUUGUCAAUCUCUUCUUCAAAGAACGGGACAAGGAUGAGACGACCCACUACCAGGAGAUGCAGUAUCGCAAGCAAGUUGAACGCCUGGUUAAGGAAGGUGAAAUCUACCGUAUAACUUACGAUCCGGCCACCCAAAAGACAUAUAUACAAAUGAUGACCGCCGAAGAGAGCACAUUUGAAGCCGAGGAACUUAGCCCGGAGGCUCGCUGGUCUUACUAUGUUUCUGCAUACACCAUGCGUGAUCCCACAGAGGGCAUUCCGUUCUCGCAAAUGCGCAUGCCUUUCCUCAAGCGCAACCUGCCCACGAAUCUAGAACAAGACGAGGAAUACAAACGCUAUUACCGCCGCCUGGUCCACCAGGAUGGAUUAGUUAUUCGUAUCUGCGCGAACAGCUACCAUAUUCUCUACGAACCGGGCAGCUACGACUGGUGGUGGCGUCCUACUGCGUCCAACCAAGAGGAAGUUGACGAAAAUGCCAAGGAAUUUUCUACCAUCAAAGACCGCCGUCAAGACCGGUUCCGCGAGAAGUUUAUCAACAAUCCAAGCUGGGCGCAGGGCUUGAGUAAGGACGAAGUGGACGCAUCCAACAAAAAGUUCCGUUCGUGGGUCAACGGCACCAGUGAAGCCGAUGAAGCGGAACAGGCUGCUGCUGAGAAGGCUGCCGGUGCUGAAGCUGCUCCUGCUGUUGAACUCCCUACCGGUGACAAGGUACAAGAGAAAGAGCCCGAGGAGAAGGUAAAAGAAGAUGCGGAUAUGGCGGAUGCCGAGCCAUUAACCAGCAAGGCGGAGGAAUAA